AUGCAGGUUUGCUCCAACUUCAAGAGGUUUCGUGCCUCGCUCCAGGAGCUUUUGGGGAUCAAGCGGAGGAAGCAAGUCAAGGGUCAUGAUAUCUCGGCUCCUUACAAUUUCAAAAAGGAAACCACUGUCCUUCCGGGUAUCACAGAGGCAGAACUCGAAGCCUACCGUGACAAAGCCGCUGCCUCCCACCUCGAUCCUCUCCGCCAACACUCAUCUUCUGCUUCCUCCCGCUCUCGUCGCGGUGUAGACCGCAACAGGAACACGAACAAAUCCAAAAGCCACAGCCAACUCCGCGGUUCCUCCAGCUUGGCCAACCUCGCCCUAUCAACUCCCUCCUCAUCCACCACUCCUCCUCCCUCAACUUCCAACAAAAGACAACUAGGCACUUCCAAAUCCUGUCUCUCCCUUAACAACCUCCCCUCUCACUCCCAUGGCCAAGGAUUACAACCACCUCGCAAGUUCUCAGUCCCCAACUCCGCUUCUUCACCCACCGUCUCCGUCUCCUCCCACCAUCUCCUGGGUAUUGGCGGAGGGGAGAUGGGAACGGGGUUGAGGCCGCCCAGUCCUUGUCUGAGCUUACCUAUCAGGAUCGGGACCAUUAACGGUGCUACGAGCGGGACGGGUAGUCCGACGACGACGACGACGACGACGACGACAACGACACCAACAUCGCCGUUAGGACUGGGGUUCGAAAGUGGAAGUGGAAUUGGAACUGGACGUGGAAGUAAAGUGGGCGGUGAAGCACAGAGUGUGAGGACACAAAACAACAAGGAGGCAUCAUUAAUCAACAGAAGUGGAAGUGGAGGUGGAAGUUUUAGGAGUAGUGGUGGUGGAAGCGGUGGAAGUGGCUCAACAACGCCCAAGUCAUCUUCUUCUCCGGUCCUGCAAAUGCAUCAGCAGUCACAACAUCCAGCAAAACUACAGCUUAACACAUCCCCCUCCCCCACCACAACAACCUCAACAGCCACCGAGACUUUCAUAUCGGCCCCCGCCUCUGCCACCACCUCGGAGGUAUCUGCCAUGUCAGCAGUGUCAGCCGUCUCACCAACAGCAGACUUGGAUUUAUUCGUCCUGGGAAGAAGCCAAAUCCCAAUUAGCCCCAUUAGUCCUGUUAGUCCGGUCAGCCCACUCAGUCUUGAUGAUGACGAUGACGAUGUGAGCCAGGGCCCAAAGAGAGGUGCUAGUGUUCGAAGAGUACAACGGAAGAAGGCUGGGACUAUGGAGUUUUGA